UAUCUAUAUAUUUUUUAUUAAUAUCUAUCUUAUCCACACAUAAAACAGAUAAAAAAUUAAUACAAUUCAAAGUCUCUUUUACUAAUAGUAUGAAAGCGAGAGUUGAAAAAAAAAAGCAUUGCUAAAGUUGUAAUGCUAAAUUUGGCCUUACUACUCAUAAACAUAUGUGUAAGAGAUGCCAUGCAAUUAUAUGUUCAGAAUGCACUAAAUAAAAAAUAUAGAUAAUUUAAUAUACAGAUAAGAAGCCACAUAAAAUUUGUCUAAACUGUUCGGAUGAUUAUUAGCACAAUACAAAUCUUAAAGUUACUGGUAAACUUUAAUGGGCAGUAGAUAGCAAUAUUAUGAAGUAAUGGCUAAAAAACAUUAAUACAAUAGACAAGGACAAAUUGUAAAAAUAGUAUGAAGAUGUAUUGCAAACAACAAGUCCAUUAAUUAAAUCGGAGGAAUUUUAGGAGUAUGUGAAAAAUAUAGAAUAGUAAAUUAAUGCAGGAAAUAGCAUGAAGCACUUUAAUUACUCGUUUUUAGAAAUGGUACAUAGUGUGUGGGGACAAGAACCUGAUAUUCAUAAGAUUAAAUAGUAGAUAAUAAAUGUUAUUAAAGCUUUUUUUAUAGAUUUCCCUGAUCAAGAGUCUCCAUUAACAUUUAAAUAAGAAUAUGUAGAUUUUGCAGUAUUUUUAUUAAUCUUUGGAUAAGAAAGUAGUGUAUGGCGUAUGAUGAAGGAAAUAUAUGGAAUUAUAAUACCUAUUGAAAGUAUUUCUCAUAUAACUAAUAAUGAUUUUAAUUAUGGAGAGAAGUAUUUGAUGAACUUUUUACUCGAUAAAAUAAACUAUGAUUUCAACUCACAAGAAUGCAACAAUAUUUACAGAUUUAUUUAAGAUCGUGGAAUAGAGUUGAUAAAUUCAUUUUUUGCAAACUAAGCUAACUUUCAAACAUCUUAUUAGAUAUUCAACAAUGUUAUCAAUAUACCAUAUAAUAGAAGGUGGAGCGAACUGCUUAGGAGCUUAGGAGUUUUUAUAAUAGAAAAUAAAGAUGUAAUAGGCUAGAAUUAUGAAAAAGUAGUUUGGGAUGAGAUGAAGACAGAGCUGAAUAUAAAUACUAAAUGGAAAAGAAUGAAAGAAAAAAUGGAUGUUUAUAUUUACUUUUAGAUUGCUGAUAAUAGACAGAUGAACAGAUUCAGCAUGAUAGAAGAUUGCUAAUAAUCUGAAAUGGAUUCACUUUUACCUUCUACUGAAGAUAUAAUAGAGGAAAAUAAAAUGCUUAAAAAGGAAGUAUUCUAAAUAUUUAAAGUAAAGCAACUUAUUACAUAAAAAAUGGAUGAAUUGGAUGAGAUGCGCAUGGAACUGUAAAAGAGAGAACUUGUUCGAUAAAAAUAUGAAGAUAAUUUAAAAAAAUUUAAUGAAAUCUAACAAAAAUACAAUGAAAUGAGGCUAUCUUAUCAGGAAUUAUAAUAAGAUAAUCAAUUUUUGCAAGAAAAAUUAAUGAGAUUUUCAACUAAUAUUGGUCAUUAAAAUUAUAUAACAUAUGAAGACUCUAAAAGGGCAGCUUCUCUUAUCAACCUUAGUUAGAGCCAGCAAAAAAAUAAAUAGAAUAUCAUAGAUGAUGAUUUCUUAACUAAUAUUUUAUAAGAUAAAGAAAGAAUAGCUAACACUAUUGUUAUUGAGGAAAAUAAAGCUUAAGAUAAAAUAUAAAAUGAUAACGUUUUGCAAUUUAAGAAAGCUUCAAGCAUAGUUGAAGAACAUACUGUAAAAAGUGGAUAGGAUAAUUUAUAGGUUAAAGAAAAUAAUAAUAUUUGCAACUAAAAUCACAUAAAAAAGGAAAGUGUUGAAAUCGUAGAGAAAAAACAUGAACUUGAAUAAAUAAAUUCUCUUAAAAAAGAUUUAGAGGAUCUUGAAAAUAAAAAUAAAUACUAUUUAAGCUAAUUUUAAUCAUAAGGAGAUCAAAUACUAAAAUAAAAAUUAGAAAUAUCUAAAAAAGAUAAUGAAAUAGAGAAGCUAAAGUUAGAUUUAAGUAAAGAAAAAGAUGCACAUACUUAAAGUAAACUGAAUUACGAAAAAUAGCUUUUAGAUUAAAAAAACGAAUAUGAAAAGCAAAUAAAAUAACUUAAAGAUGAAAACCAAAUAAAUUAAAUAGAAUAAAAAUAUAAAUCAGAAUUAGCCUAGCUCAAAGAAAAAAUAGAUUAACUAAACCUUUAUAAUUAAAUACUUUAGUAAGAAAAAACAGAGUUAUUUUUAUAAAAGUAGAAUUUAUUUUAGUAAGUGAAUUCUCUAAGUAGCUAAAUAAAUAAUUCACAGGGUGGAAGCUAAGAAGUGAGUACAAAUAAGCCAGAAAUUGAUAUUUUACGAAAUACAAUUACAAAAUUAGAGCUUGAAAUUAAUUCUCUUAAAGAUGAUAAUUCCUAACUUGAAAAAAAGUUAACGAAUAAUUCAGAAAAAGAAUAGAUUAUUAAUUCACUCCAACUACAAGUGAAAAAUUUGUAACAAGAAAUAAAAGAUUCCACAUAUCAAACCAAACAAUAAAAUAAGCUUAGUGAUAGCAUAAAUCACUCAGAGUUAUCAACUACCGAAUCUGCAAAUAAAUCUCCUACAUUAAAUUUUGACAAGAAUGAAGUCAAAUAGGGUGAAAAUGAUUGAUGUCUAAAUAAUAUUGAAGAAUUAAGUUUUUCUAUCUAUUAAUUUGUAUAAAUAAAAAGCAAAUAGAGCAUUUAAUAAUUUUAUAAGUUAAGAAAAAAAAAAUCCCUAAUAAAUAAAUAAUCUUACUUUAUAUAUUAAAUAAGCAAAUAAAGUCAAUCAGUCAGUCUGUCAGUUAGCCAGAUAACUAACUAUCAUUUAAAAAAUAUCUAUAUUAUUAUUAUUAUUAGUGGUAAAUUAUUAUAGUUUAUUAAAUAAAAUAUGAAAAUGGUAAAGGUUAAAUAGUUAAAAAUAUUUAUGUAUCUCGAUUUAUCUAUCAAAGCUAUUUAUUUUACUAUCCUAUCUUUAAAUUUAUAAUUUAAUU